UUAGAAAUCCCUUGUCGUGCUGUGGGUCUCAUUGUUCUCUUUAGGGUUCUCAUCAUCUUGGUAUCAGAGCAUUAGAUCCCUAAAUUAGGUUUCAAUCAUGUCAAGUAGUGAUGACAAAUCAACCCCUAGAAGCCACCAUGUGGAUGAAUCCUUCAUGCUCAAAGCAAUGCAACAACAAUUUCAGAGGCUGAACAUCAUGUUUGGUGAGAUUAAAGACAAAAUGGAGGAGCAAGAUGCGGCGAUAGCCAAGUUAUACCAAACACAGAAUGGAAGUUCGAAUUUCCAUAAGAAUGAUGCUAAUGAUGAUUUCGAUGACGAUUAUAAAGAUGCAUUCAACAAUGACGCCCAAAACUCAAAUUUCAGCAUGGUCAGAAUUAUGAGAAGUAGAGGGGGCCAAAGAGAGCAAAAUCUGACAAGGUGGGGAGAUCGGCAAGAUCGUGACUUAGGUAGCAUCAAGAUGAAGAUUCCUCCGUUUCAAGGAAAGAAUGAUCUAGAUGUGUAUUUGGAGUGGGAAAAGAAGGUGGAAUUGGUGUUUGAUUGCCAUAACUAUUAUGAGGAGAAAAAGGUGAAACUAGCAGCGGUGGAAUUUACUGAUUAUGCUGUGGUAUGGUGGGAUCAGCUUGUGCUUAGUCGACAUAGUCGACGUAGAAAUCGAGAGCAUCCUGUUGACACUUGGGAAGAGAUGAAAGCUGUGAUGAGAAAACGAUUUGUUCCUAGUCAUUACUACCGUGAUCCCUAUCAACGAUUGCAGGGCCUUACUCAAGGGUCCAAAAGCGUUGAGGAUUAUCACAAAGAGAUGGAAAUUGCAAUGCAUUAUGUGGAAUUGGAAGAUAUGGUGCAUAUGGCGAUGAAAGUAGAACGGCAACUCAAGCAUAAGGGAGCCACCACUAGAAUUGGGCAAAAUUCAGGUUCCUCAUCUUCUUGGAAACUGAAUUGGAGCAAAAAGGAAGAAAAUUCUGUUUUUAAGCCUAAAAUUGUAGCAUCUAAGUUAAAAGAAGUUGGCAGCAAUGAGAAAAGUAAAACAGAUAAUACGCAAGGCAGAAACCGAGACAUCAAGUGUUUUCGAUGCUUGGGAAGAGGGCAUAUUGCAUCGCAGUGCCCUAAUAAGUACAUGAUGAUCUUGAAAAAGGAUAGAGAAAUUGAAACAGAGGGUGAAUCUGAUGAUGACUCUAUGCCACCAUUGGAAGAUGCUGAUGAUGGCAUGGAAUAUGCUGUUGAUGGAGAACUGCUUGUCACUAGGUGUGCGUUGAAUGUGCAAGCCAAAGAAGAUGAUGAAGUACAACGCGACAACAUAUUUCACACAAGGUGCUAUAUCAAAAAUAAGAUAUGUAGUGUGAUUAUUGAUGGUGGCAGUUGUACUAAUGUAGCUAGCACUGUUUUGGUUGAAAAGCUUAAUUUACCGAUGAUGAAGCAUCCAAGGCCAUAUAAGCUGCAAUGGUUAAAUGAUUGUGGAGAAAUUAAGCUAAACAAACAAGUUCUGGUUUCAUUCUCUAUCGGACGAUAUAAGGAUGAGGUACUGUGCGACGUGGUUCCCAUGCAUGCUAGACAUUUACUUUUAGGAAGACCAUGGCAAUAUGAUAGGAGAGUAACACAUGAUGGCUUCAAAAAUCACUAUUCGUUCAUCAUGGAAGGGAAAACAAUUACUCUUGUGCCAUUGAAUCCAAGUGCUAUUAAAUCUCUUUUACAAAACUUCAAGGAUGUGUUUCCAGAUGAUGUUCCUAAUGGUUUACCACCAAUAAGAGGAAUUGAGCAUCAAAUUGACUUCAUUCCUGGUGCAACAAUUCCAACCCGACCAGCAUAUUGAAGUAAUCCCACUGAGACAAAAGGACUUCAAAGAAAUCCUUGUACAAAAACUAUUGUUUUGUCGCUUUCCAAAGGAUAGUUCAGUGAUUGAUCUUGCUAGUGCAAAAGCAAGAUCAACAAGGCGCUUCAUUGUAUCCUACGGGCAUUUCGGGUUACUCCUUUUGCAUACCAGAUCUGGUGGGGGUGAAAUUAGCCUAAAGGAAAGUGGCAUU